AUGAAGUUUCCUGCCUUUGAGGGAACAACUGACGCGGAUGCAUACUUGGAGUGGGAAGCAAAGGUGGAAAGGAUUUACAGAGUUCAUAACUACUCUGAGGAGAAAAACGUUCAAAUGGCGGUGACUGAAUUCGAGGGAUAUGCCUCUACUUGGCUUGAAAGAACUGAGCUUGAUCGUAGAAGGCUUGGUGAUAGACCUAUUGAGACUUGGGAGGACUUGAAGAGAGUAAUGAGGGGUAGAUUUGUACCUUCACAUUACCAUAGAGAGAUUAUUAAGAAGUUGCACAACUUGGUGGAAGGCCACAAAAGUGUUGAAGAGUAUUACAAUACCAUGGAGGUAGAGAGGAUACUUAGAGAUCAAAACAAGUCGUCCUCUGCUAGUUGGAACAGAGAUAAGACUACUUGGAUAUCUUCUUCGAGUAAGAAAAGAGGGAGAGGACAUAUGCAAUAUGAAUGUCCUAACCGACGAGCUAUUUGGAUUAAGGAGAAUAGAGAAUACGAAUUUGAUGAUGGCGUUGAAGAAUCUGAUGGAGGGGGAUCCACAGAUGGUAUUACUAGUUGUGAGGAGAAAGAGACCAUAAACACACAAUUAGUUGUUAGGAGAUAUAACAUUGGUGGAAGAAUUUGUUCUGUGAUUGUGGAUAGUGAAAGUUGUACUAAUGUGGCUAGUGUGUCUCUUGUUGAGAAGUUGGGUCUUAGGACCAUGAAGCAUCCUCGUCCCUACAAGCUUCAAUGGUUGAAUGAUAGUGGGGAAUUGAAAGUGAACAAGCAGGCUUGUCAUCUAUUUCUUGGGAGGCCAUGGAAAUAUGAUAGGAAUGCGCUACAUGAAGGGAGGAGUAAUAGCUAUACUCUUGAGCUGAAGGGUAAAAAGUAUCUCUUGAAGCCCUUGACUCCACUUCAAGUAUCUAUCAACAAAAUCACGGUAAAGUAUCGUUGUCCCAUUCCUAGAUUGGAUGAUAUGUUGGAUGAGUUGCAUGGUGCAAAGGGCAUAGAGGUUGAUGAGACGAAAGUGAAAGCCAUUAGAGAGUGGCUUGUUCCGAAGAGUGUGUCCGAGGUUAGGAGUUUAUAUGGUCUCGCUAGUUUCUAUAAGAGAUUUAUUAAGGGUUUUAGUAGCACAGUUGCUCCUUUGACUGCAGUAAUUAGGAAGGAUAAGGGAUCUAAAUGGGGUAAGGAACAAGAUGAGGCUUUUGAAUUAUUAAAGAAUAUGCUUAGUUCAGCCGCUUUGCUACAACUACCAGAUUUUAGUAAGACUUUUGAGGUUGAGUGUGAUGCUUCUGGGUUAGGUAUAUGUGCAGUUCUUAUGCAGGACCAAAAAUCUAUAGCUUACUUUAGUGAGAAAUUAAGUGGAGCAGCCUUAAAUUAUUCUACUUAUGAUAAGGAGUUGUAUGCCCUUGUGAGAGCUUUAGCCAAUUGGCAGCAUUAUUUGUGGCCUAAGGAAUUUGUUAUUAGGACUGAUCAUGAGAGUCUUAUAUUUCUAAAGAAUUAG